GGUAAGAUAGACAGAUAGGACUCUUCCUGAGUUGAGCUGUUUGCUGUGUGGGGCUCUUCUCUGCUGUGUCUGCUCCCGAACUAUGGACUAAACCUGCCCAGACACUCACUGCUCUUUUGAAAAAUUUGAGCCUCGUUCCAAGAUGAGUGACCAAGAGAGCAGCACCUCGGCCUCUCAAACAGAGGGAGAAUUGGAGGGAGAAAUGGAAGGGGACGAAGAACUAGAUGAAGGACAGAGAGACUCCGUCCCCAGUCUGUCCUCCACCCUCCUCGCUGUCAUACGCAUUAAACAGAAGUACCAGGCCUUGAAGAAGAGGCGUCAGGUGAUGGCCCUGAGCCUGGGAGAAGCAGGGACCUUCACAGGAGCUCCAGUUCGAACCAGCCCCAAAAUCUUCACUUUUGAUGGAAUCACCCCUUCGUCCGCUGUUCCUCUGAAGAAGAAGAGGAGAAGGAAGAGGCGGGUUAUGUUUCCGAACGGAAGGAGGCAAAGAGCCCCCCCAAAGCAGGAGCAGAGCAGAGCCAAGUACUGCCUUUACCUGCUCUUUGCCAUCGUCUUUCUCCAGGUGUACAACGCCAUAGAAAACCUGGAUGACCACGUACUCAGAUAUGACCUGGAGGGGCUGGAGAAGACUCUGAGGAGAGAGGUGUUUGGACAGCAGGGUGCAGUGGAAGGUCUGCUGUCCCACCUGAACGACUACCUGUCCACCUACGUCCACAACAAGCCCCUCGUGGUGUCCCUGCACGGACCCAGUGGAGUGGGCAAGAGCCACUUGGGACGCCUCCUGGCAGGACACUUCCGUUCUGUGGUGGGGGAGGCGCUGGUGUUGCAGUACUACGUCCUCCACCACUGCCCCCAGGAGGCCGAGGCGCUGCAGUGCGCCAACGACCUCUCCACUCUCAUUUCACAGAUGGUGGUGCGUGCCGAGGAGGAGGAGAAGAUCCCGCUCUUCAUCUUCGACGAGGCCGAACACAUGCAUGAGGAGAUCCUGGACGCCCUGUGGCAGCUUGUGGCCUCCAAACAGUCCAAUGAAUACUUGAACGCCAUUUAUCUGUUCCUUAGCAAUCUGGGUCAUGCACACAUCACCAAACAUAUGAUACAGAACUCCUCAAGUAGUUCUAUGUCAGCAUCCCAUCGCCAUAGUAACCUUGAAAAAGAGCUGACUCCAAUAUUACGCAACACCCUGGAGAAGCUUCAUCUGCUGUGGACAGAGGCGGACAUCUUACCUCUGGGCCUUUUGGAGAAAAGUCAUGUGAUGGAGUGCUUCCUGGAUGAAAUGACUCGAGAGGGGUUCUACCCGGACCAUGUCAAUAUAGAACGCCUCGCAGGGGAGAUUGAAUAUUACUCCUCUGUAGGGGGGCACAAAUAUUCCCAGACGGGCUGCAAGCAAGUAGUUGCUAAGGUCAACCUGCUGUGAAGUGCUCUGCAGGAAAUGCUCCAAAUUCUUUAGAUGAUGAAGACACAGUUGAAGGGAAGUGAGUGAGGUUACGAAACUUGAAUGACACAAAAAUUGUUUUUUUCCGAGUUUUGAAGAACAAGAGGUUCUGCUGUGGGAAGAAGUACGAAACCUGUGAAGAAGUUUGAAAAGGCCUCAGUCUUAUCUUUUCAUGCUUGUGGCUUUAUUUGUACAGUAUCUUUGGAGCUUUCUGCCUCCACCCAAAUACAAUGAAAGUAAAUUAAAUUUCAUCUCAUGGGAUUUUAAAAUCACCUUAAAACUGUAAAGUCAAGUUUCUAUUGGAGCCGAUUCUACAGAGAAAGUAAUAAUGUUAUUUAACGGUGUUGACAGUCAGGUCUGCAUCAUCCAGUGUAAUCUUGAACAUUGUUUCUGGAAAACACAACUCUGCUGAUUUCUGGGGAUGACAGGGUUUCAGUGGUAACGGAAGUUUUGUCACAUCAUUCCUGUUUCCCUGAGGAUGAACCCUGCUGAGUUCUUUCUUUAUCCCCUGAAUGUUCUUGAUGUUCCACCAGCAAGUCCAAUGUAUCACUUAUCUAGUGAAAUACACUGCUUACAAUUUUUUGUAUGUACAUUGUAUAAUUUGUUGAGAACAAAAUGACGUAACAACUGUCAAUGGAAACGAAAAUCAUCAACCCACUGAUGACUGGAUUCAAAACAACAAGAUCUAAGUGAGAAACUGAAAUCGCAGGUUGUGUCAGACCUGCCAAUUCUGGUGUUCUCUGGUGAAUGCUAAUCCAGCUGCACGGUGCAGACACCAGUCCUGCUGCUGGGUUGGUUCCCCUUCUACGGCCCUGUCCAGCUCUCCUCGUGUAACUGCCGGCCUCCUGGUAUCUCCUCCAUGCUCUUGAGACUGUGCUGGGAGACGCAUCUCCCAGAUGAAAUGCCAUUCAUCUGCAUUGUAUUGGGGGGGAGGCAGGAAUCUCCACAGCUGAUAGAUGCUACUAGAGGUUACUAAGAAUAAAUGUUUAUUAGGGAUUUGGGUGAAGUGACCCUUUGACCCCUUUAAGACAAAGCAUAUUUCAGAACAACUGUAUUGACAACUCAACCACACAUGGGUGAACACUUAUUACUGAUCAUUGUAUGGUAUCACACAGAAAAACAGGGGGCGGAGUUAGACCUGUGUUCUUUCAUUUAGGAAGGGACGUUCACUUAUUUGUAAUGCAUCACUUACCAGCACUCAUUAUAGGGUGUUCAGAGGAAGUCCUGUUCGUCAUACGUUGAAUAACUUUUAUUGAUCCUAGUGCAAGUCCGAGGAUUUAAAAAAAAUCUAUGGAGGCGAGUGGAUUCACUUUAGUAUACAGCAUAAGAACAGCAGAUUCUGCCUUUGAGCUGCAGAUGGAAAGUGGUAAGCAGAAGUAGCAGCUAAUGACCCUUCAUAAGAUUUGGAGUGAUUCUUUACAAUUGUAUUUAUUAAAGAAAGAGGUAUUUGUGUUGAUAUUCUGAAAGUUAACAGGCAAAGAAAUGAAGUUAGUCUUGCCAUACUUGCACUAGCAUUAAUAUACAUUUUUAAUUGAUGGAUAUUUUAAUGUCCUCUGCUCCGAUCAUCUGUCUGUCCAAAUAUUUAGAAUAUCAAAUUAUAGGUAAAAUUAAA